AUGGCCACGCGCUCAGACGUUCGGGACAUCUUUUCCCUUCCCGACCGCACGGGCGCUUCCAGCUCCAAGCCCAGCAAACGCACGACGAAUGUUCCCUCCAACAUUUCAUCGAGCACCAGCUCUGGACCUCCAGGUCUUCUCUCCACAAAGCCAAAAUCCAGCAAACCCAAAGUGGACGGCAUGACGAGAGAGCUGUAUGCGCUCUUGGGAGACAAUGCGCCCACCCUCAGCGUUAGCCAUGCGGUUGUGGCUGGAGGACACAACGAGAUGUUCAAGUUCAGACCCAAAUUCAAGAAGAGACCCAACAAGGCCCAGAAAUGGUACGUUGCGGGGGACAGCCAAUGAAGAUGCGGACGUGAUACUACGCUCACCCGACUGACCCGAUGAACCGCUUUCCUUCAAAUCUGUCUGCAGGGUAAUGGCACCUUUUCGCAACCCAGCUCGUGAGGAUGACUUGGUGUUGCAUCACUGGGUGCGGGAAAGCGAAGCUCUGGAAGGGAAGCAAGCAGAGAAAAGUAAGAAGGGCGACAGCGAAUCGACUGAAGUGAUGGAUGUGGAUGAUGAACCCUUCGAUGAGGCCAGUGAGGGCAGCACGAAAGGCAAGGGUCGAAGGUUGCCGCCCAAAGGUGAGCCGUAGUGCCAUCCUUGAUCUUUCGUACCGCGCUGCGUCUCGUGGUCUCUGACAAUUGCAGCUAAUCCUCAAUCAUCCAGACUACAAAUUCUCGCACUUUAAUACAUCCUCGGGCGUCUACUCGUAUUCCAACGACGAGUACCAUCAGCACCUCCGCGACGACGACUGGACAAAGGAAGAGACGGAUUACCUGAUCGAGUUGUGUCAAGCGUACGAUUUGCGCUUCGUCGUCGUGCACGACAGGUGGGAAUGGAGAGGAGGGAGGGCACGUACAAUCGAAGAUCUCAAGGCGCGAUACUACGCGGUCUGUCGACGUCUAAUCAGAUCCCGCAUCACUACAAGCGAUAUGGAAGCCCGCCAGCAUCUGCUGACCACUUACAGCUUUGAUAAGGCCAGGGAGACGGAAAGGAAAAAGGCGGUAGAAAGAUUGUUCUCUAGGAGUCCUGCGCAGCUGGCAGAGGAAGAAGCUCUAUACGUCGAGGCUAGACGCUUGGAACAGAAUGAAGCACGCUUUGCGGGAGAGAGGGAGGAUCUGCUUAGGUUGCUUGGAGGAUGGGAACGAUUGCCUAAUGGCGAUCGAGCGACUACUGCAGGCCUGGCUGCAGGACUUGGCUACAACACUCCAGGUGGCACUUCGAUCAUCGAAGAGGCCUCAGAUGGCAAGGUGGGUGCUGACUUUCCCUUUCCACUAAGCUUGCCUGGCUCACAACCCCCGCCUCAUCUCCCGUGAACAGCGCAAGAAACGCAAGAUUACAGAUGGUGCAGAAGAAGACGCGCCCGCUCAAUCUUCACGCACCGGCUCAUCCUUGUCCCAGAAGCAAAAGGUGGAGCUCAAGCAGGCACAAUUCGGUGAGUGGAGUGACGUCUGGUUCGCGCGAGGCAUCGCCUCAAGCAAUUUCAAGUGCUGACGAUUUCGCAUCCAUGGCGCGACAGACGAGACGCAUUGCAUCGCUCGCUUCGACCCUGUUCCAGCCGCGCCUUUCAAAGCUCCUUAUCCGCACCUGCAAGGCACCGCCUCAUCUCAACCCCCUGUCAAUCCUGUCCCCUCCAACCAAACCUCCGCUCAUGGAGCCUACUUGCGUUCCGCUAGAGUGCUAGCUCCUCGAUCAACGCUUCUUCCACGGGUGCAUCAGACCCUCGCCGAGCUGCGUCCUCCUGUUGGACCUCGCUUAGUCUUUCCGACUCAACGCAACGUGGAACGAUGGGAGGGCUUGUUGGGCGCUGUCACUGCUGGCUUGGAGAUGAAGAGACAGUUGGAUAGGGUAGAGAGCGAAUUGAGGACGCAGAAAGCUAGAGUGGACGCUCAGAUCAGCGCGAUGAAGGCUGCUCAAGCGCAAAGCAAGACUCCUGCGCAGAUUCAACAGGCUGGUCAGGCUGCUGCCGCUGCCGCUGAAGGUGCUCUUAUCUCGCAGGAAGAAGAGGCGGACAGCGCAAUGGUCCAGUAG